AUGGACAUGAUCAAGCAUUUCUUGGACUAUUUCUCCUGCUUGGAGGAGCUGGAUAUCUAUGUUAAAGAUGGUCGUCCACAGUCCCCUAUAACGCCGGAUUCUAACCCAUUCAACGACUUAUCGGGUCGCAAUGUUAAAUUCAAGAUUAGAACUGGAACGCCUCGAAGGAACGCGAACCGUAGACGGAGGGUUCCGGUUUCCGUCCAUAGACGCUCUCCGCCGACGCACCAAACCAACUACAACUCUCCCGGAAAACUAGCCACUCCGACACACCGGAUCGACGGUGUCGGUUCCAUACCAAGCAUCCCAACACACUGGGGAUUAACCCCUUUCUUCUAUGACCGGAUCUUCGCCGAUUUCCUUAAGCCGUUACUCUCCAAACCGGGCGGAUGGAUGCCAAACGCGGCGGAUCCAGAAGUCGGAGCUCACCCAAACCGACUGAACCCUUGCCUCCACAUUAGCCAUCUAAGAUCCAAACAGAUCCACAGUUGA